AUUCUGUAGCUACUGCCGGAGAGAUUGUCUUCGGUCACUUCUCGGAACUUCUCGGAUCUCUGUGCUGUGUUCAAUCUCGUGCACUGUCCUCUCUCUUUUUUUUUCUCUCGCGGGCUCUCUCUCUCUCUCUUCAUGCUGUCUAUCUCCUGCUACCUGUUCCCCUCAGCUCGGAGUCUCUCAGUUCCAGCGGCUCAGUCACAGCGCACAGAGCACGGAGCCCAAGUGUUCAAUACCGAACCCACCGAACUCGACCGUAUUUAGUCCUCCGCGAGGAAGCGAGAAGCCCAGCCCUGGAUUCAAUACUUUUAAUCAAUGGACAGAGUCCUCUCAACGGCCAACCGAGGUACCGACACGCCAUAAGCAGUCCUUAUCCUCUGGCUGGUGUUCGCCCUGUAGUGUGGAGGGGGAUGGAGCGUGGUGGAGGAGAGAGCCCUCGUUUACGGGAGAGCCCUGAGCGACGUGGGAGCAGCAGUCCUGAGAUCUGCGGCCCCCCACCAAAGAUGGGUCGUGUGGAACUCAACGGCAGUCCCACAGGUCACCGCAGUCGCCACAAUGGGGCCCCACAGAGACCUCUUUGCGGUCUGAUGAUUCCAGUCUUCUGUAUAGUGGAGCAGGUGGAUGGAGGGAUGAUAUCAGAUGGAGAGAGCCGGGAGGAACAUGCAGAGUUUGUGUUGGUCAGGAAAGACAUCCUUUUCACUCAGCUGGUUGAGACUGCACUUCUCGCCCUUGGCUACUCCCACAGUUGUGCAGCCCAGGCACAUGGCAUCAUUAAGGUGGGCCGCUGGAACCCCCUGCCCAUCCAUUACCUGACAGAUGCUCCAGAGGCAACGGUUGCUGAUAUGUUGCUGGACGUUUACCACAUGGUCACGCUACACAUCCAGCUACAGAGCUUUGCCAAACUGGAGGACCUUCCAUCAGAGCAGUGGAAUCACGCUACAGUACGCAGCGCCCUCAAAGAACUACUCAAAGAGAUGAACCAGAGCACACUGGCCAAAGAAUGUCCUCUCUCCCAGAGUAUGAUCUCCUCAAUAGCGAAUAGUUCCUACUAUGCUAAUGUCUCAACUGCUAAGUGCCAAGAGUUUGGGCGCUGGUACAAGAAGUACAAAAAAAUUAAAGGGGAUUAUUUGUGGCAAGGACGGGAGAGCUCGGAAAUCAAGGUUGAAAGGGACAGUCUCACUGACUUCUGUAUAUUAGCCCAGCGUCCGCCCUCUCACCUGGCUGGUCUGGCGCAGCUCGGUCCCUUGAAUAGUGCCGGCUCUCUGGUGAAAGGCAGCUCUGGAGAACCACAGAAUUCAGCCCAGUCUCAGCCUCCAUCCCAAGGGCAGCCACAAGCUCCAUCAUCUCACGGACAGCUCCAUCACAGUCCUCCGCUACGGGCUCAGGUGCCUCCUCCACCUCCGCCUGCCACCCUGCAACCUCUUUUGGCACCUGGAGGACUUCUCUCACCCCAGCUCAGUCCACAGCUGGUGAGGCAGCAGUUAGCCAUGGCUCAUCUAAUCAACCAGCAGCUGGCCGUCAGCCGCCUCCUGCAUCAGCAUCCACAGGCUCUUAACCAACAGUUUCUCAAUCACCCACCCAUCCCGCGGCCUAGCAAGUCCGGUGGCCCUGGAGAGCCCGGAUCCAACCCCUCAUCUGCGGAAGUCUCCUCUGAUAUCUACCAGCAGGUGCGAGACGAGCUGAAAAGGGCCAGUGUCUCACAGGCAGUGUUCGCUCGAGUUGCCUUCAACCGUACACAGGGCCUGUUGUCAGAGAUCUUACGAAAAGAGGAGGACCCACGCUCAGCCUCUCAGUCCUUGCUAGUGAACCUCAAAGCGAUGCAAAACUUCUUGAACUUACCUGAGAGUGAAAGGGACCGAAUUUACCAGGAAGAGCGAGAACGCAGCAUGAACCCCCCUGUGAGUCUGCCGCCAAGCACAAACCCCAGCCCUGGUGGCGCCCGCCUCUCUCAGAAAGUGUGGGAGCGCAGCAUCGAUGAACAGUUAACCCCUGACGCGUGGGCAUCUAUUUGGAAGAAUAAGACCAAAAUCACAAACUCGUCCAAAACUUCUGGUCCUAACCCUGACCUUCCCCUGAAACUGGAGCCGCUGGUUAACAUCACCUCAGCCAUUUAUGACGAAAUCCAGCAGGAGAUGAAACGAGCAAAAGUGUCUCAGGCACUUUUCGCCAAGGUGGCAGCCAACAAGAGCCAAGGAUGGCUGUGCGAGCUGCUUCGCUGGAAAGAGAGUCCCAGCCCGGAGAACAGGACUCUCUGGGAGAACCUGUGUACUAUCCGGAGGUUUCUGAGCCUUCCACAAGCGGACAGGGAUCUGGUGUAUGAGGAAGAGUCCCGCCAUCACCACAGUGAACGGCUGCACACUGUACUACACUUACCCACUGACCCUCAGGCACUUCACAGACAGCCAAUGCAGCCACUGAAGGACCACUCUCCCAUCCGAGAAGAACCUGUUCCUAGUUCUGGAGCUGAAGAUAACCCUCAGGCUAAUGCAGGUUCAGGCAACAGCGGAGGGGUUUGCAACAUCACAAAAAAACCUCGCUCACGCACCAAGAUCUCUCUGGAGGCACUCGGCAUCUUACAGAGCUUUAUCCAAGAUGUGGGCCUCUACCCUGACCAGGAAGCUAUCCACACCCUUUCAGCCCAAUUAGAUCUGCCCAAACACACCAUUGUUAAGUUCUUCCAGAAUCAGCGUUAUCAUGUGAAGCAUCAUGGCCGACUAAAGGAGCUUGGAUCUGAGGGCGGCGGUGUAGACGUUGCUGAAUAUCGUGAUGAGGAGCUGCUCUCCAGUUCAGAGGAUGCGGAAUCCAGUGAAGAUGGCCAUGAGGACAUCUACAGUGGGCAUGAAAACGCACCAGCCAGAGCAGCCAACUCUGUUUCAACUCCAGCUGUUUCAUCAGGCCUGGAUGAGAAAAAAGACAAAAGCCUGCCUCUGGGAUCAGCCAGACCCAGCUCCCUGCCCCCAUGUGGUUCAUCCCCAAGUCCCCGAGAUCAAGCAGAAUAUCAGAGAUAAAACAGUCUCAACAAAGACUAUACUGUGGGUGGGGAAAGGCAAGGAGUGAGCACUUAACAACUAUUCUGUAGUGGAUGAGAGAGUGUUGCGGACAACUUAGAAACUUUCUGACAAAGACACAGUGUCCUCUGAGGACCUGUAAAAGGCAAACCAAACCAGACAAGAUCUGCAUUUUGAUUAAGGUGGCAAGUAAAGUUUUGUUAUAGAAAAAUCUGUUGUGAUCUACUUCUGGCCUCAUACCUCACAAGUUACUUACAGGGGUGGCAUGGUACGGAAGCAAACCCUGUGGCGUACUACAAGGAACGAAUUUGGUUAGCUCAACCCCAAGAUGUCACAAGCAUUCAAACUUGCAUGCUAAGAAUGUCAAGAAGGCCAGUCUUUGUGUUUCAUUUUUAAUCUGAGAGCUGGGGGUCUCUCGCAAAAUACCACUAUCCAUGCCCCCUCUUUAUCUCUACAGGGUUAAAAUGGCAGGGACAGUGCUUUGGAUGAGCCAAUGAUCUCCUAUAGGACCUCAACAACAUCACUCCUGUCCGAUCUGGGAGCCUAGUGGGCGGCUGUGGCUGUCCUCAUCUUCCCCUCCAUGAUGGGGCAUUCUGGUGGUCACCAACUGAGGGCUGUGCUUGACUGCUAAAGCGGUUGGUUGAGUUGGAGGUACAGAUGAGAUCUUGAGUAUACACAUCAGACCAUCCCAGGAACCCUACUAUAAACACAUGUGGUGUGCUGAAAGGUCCACAGUUAGCCCAGUGGCGCUUUUAAAGACUAUGCCAUCCUUCCCAACCACAACUGUCAUUCCAAGCAGUCCCACACAGUUCAAGAAAUCACUGUUUUACCCCCACCACCCAUGCACACCCAAUACAGACUGUGCAAUCAGUCACUCCUGUCCAGUGGUUGAAGGUUUGCCUUAUACAGAUAUGUUUAGAUCGUAAGUUUCAUUCCAGUUUUGCUCUCUCUACAUUUAAAAGACAGUAAGAAUAAAACAUAAUUGGCAGGAGAACUGACUGCUAUGGACAGAUGGACAAAGGUGAGGGUGCAGUCUGCCUCUGCAUCUGCCUCUUGCUUAGUGGAGAACCAUUUCCAGCAACUGCGCUUAUUUGGAAGUGUGGUAGUCUUUCCCUCUUCCGUCACCUCCCAUAGCUUUCUCUUUUACUGACUGAUGCCUACAAUGUCCUGAUUUGACCACACUUGCCCACACCCAAUUCCACAGCACUAUUUAUUGCUAUCUUCACCCUCAAUUAUUAUUGUUAUUAUUGUUAUUAUUGUUAUUAUGGUUGUUCUUGCUGUUAUUUUUAGUUCUGUUUUCAUGGUCUAAUAUCAGCUUUUGGCUUGCAGCAGAUGUUUUGGUAAUGAGAGACGUUGUGAAAGAAAGUAGCACUGCCAAAACAGAGAGGAAUGAAUUGGAAGCAGUUACUGAAGUUACUGAGUGAAUCAUGUGAUAUAUCAGCAUUAUGUGCUUUUCCAAAGAGAACAGCACUUGGCAGAUGAGAUGUUGAAUAUUAAAACAAUAGAAAUAAGAGGAAUCAGUGGAAUUUAUAUGAUCUUUUUGUGCAUAAGAUGACAAUCCUUCUUUUGAGCCAAUCAGAACUCAGCAAGCAUUCUGAUUAAAACUUUGAUCAGCGUAACUUGAGGCAACAUGGCCACCUGUUGCAAAUCAUCCAUGACACCGUGGCAACACUUGUAUCCAGGGUUCUGAUUUGUUUUUGAGAAUCAGCUGCUACUUGCUUUUUCAAAGGAAAUAGACAAAAUAUUGU